AUGGCACCCUCCGCAACCGAAAGCCAACCCGUUGCACCCCUCCCAGUCUCAGCAGCAAAGUCCAACAACUCAAAGCCUUGGGUGAAGGCUACUGGUGCUCUUGAUCAAUAUGAGCACUUCGACACCACGCCAGUGAUUGGGCGAGAGUAUCCUCAUGCCAAACUUGCUCAGUGGAUUAAAGCUUCUAAUUCAGACGACCUUAUACGGGAACUCGCGCUUAUCAUUUCUCAACGCGGAGUGGUCUUCUUCCGUGCUCAAAAUGACCUGACUGCUGAGCUUCAAAAAGAACUUGUGCAAAAGCUUGGUAUCCUGUCGGGGAAGCCAGCCAGCUCUGGCCUCCACAUCCAUCCUAUUCUGAACUCCGAAAGAGAAGAUUAUCGUGUCUCUGAUCCAGAAAUCAGCACCAUCGAUUCAGAGUUGAACAAGAAACUAUACAAGGAUAAUUCUAGAAUCGACUCACCGGAAGCGAAAGGGAAGAAACAGAACUCCGGCCAAUGGCACUCCGAUAUUGCUUUUGAGCCCGCACCGGCAGACUACUCAAGUCUGAGGUUGGAGAUACUGCCCAAGACUGGUGGCGACACUUUAUGGGCGUCUGGAUAUGAGAUUUAUGAUCGAAUUUCUGCACCAUACCAGAAGUUCCUGGAGGGCUUGACCACAACCUUCCAUCAACCAGGCUUCAUCGAAGCAGCACAGCGAGGGGGUUUUGAAAUAUACGAAAAGCCGCGUGGCUCUCCCGACAAUGUAGGAAAGGAAUUGAAAGCUGUACACCCUGUUGUUCGAACGAACCCUGUCACCGGAUGGAAAUCAAUCUUUCCCGUCGGUGGUCACAUCUCUCAUAUCAAUGGUAUCACUGAACUGGAGAGCAAGGCUCUUCUGAAAUGGUUCUCGCGUUUGCUGGUCGACAACCACGACCUUCAAGUGAGAUUCAAGUGGCAGAACAAGAAUGAUAUUGCUAUCUGGGAUAACCGUUCUGUCUUCCACACUGCUACUUAUGAUAUCGAGGACCAGGGUGAGAGAUAUGGUGUGAGGACUGUUAGUGUUGGAGAAAGACCAUUCUUUGACCCGGCUAGCAAGAGCAGACGCGAGGAUCUAGCUCAGAUAGCUGCAAAAGCGUCGGCUUAG